GGCACCAACAUGGUCCAUCGAUCUAUAAAAACGUUCUGACGCUGGAUCCUGCAUGCGGCUGGCCUGGACCGGAUUGGAUCCAAGGAUGGUCGAGGAAGAAGGAAAAGCCGAGCAGACGUUGGACUUGGCCGAAGGCACCAGCUCGCUCACCCACCGAGUCCCCUAUAGAAGUAUAGGGCAAGGGUGGGUAGCUGAUGUUUUUCACCCGACUGAUUUGUGAGGCUGGGCCGGGGGCAGCAAGAGGAGCGGGACGUUACCAAGGGUGUUCCUGUAUAGCGUUCACCCGUCCUCCUACAGUGUUGAGGAUGACUAGCGACCAGCAACGAUGCCACAUCUCCAAAGCUCCCGAUCACAUCCGAAGCAGCAACCCGGAGCAUUACAAGCCACUGGCCUUCCCCGUCGGCCCUUACCAUGCCCGCUCCGGCGUGCCGGCGCCGGAGAAGGCCCAGAGGCUGAAGGAGCAAUGCGUCGACGAGGUCGUCCAGCUGAGCGGCAGGAGCCGCCACGACUUGCUCGAGCAGAUGAGGAGCGUGCUGGAUCGAGCAAAGGAGUACUACGCCGACGAGAUCGGCAUGGACGACGAGGCGCUGGCGCAGAUGCUCCUCCUCGACGGCUGCUUCGUCCUCGUCUCGCUCCGCGGGACGGAGCGGCUCAAGCAGCUGACUCCAGGAUGGAAGGCGGAGGAGAGUACGGAGAGCUUGUUGUCGGAGAACUCGGACGAUCGUUGCUCCGAUUGCUCGGAUCAGCAGGGCGACGAGGAGAAUCAGAUCGCCGCGGCGAACAACGGCGGCGGUGGCGGCGACGAUAGCUGGCACCAUUUCAACGUCGCGCGUGAUCUCUUCCUCGCGGAGAACCAGAUCCCGUUCUUCGUGGUGCAGAAGAUCUACGAGCUUCUCGUCAAGAACCGUCCAUACGCGGAGCGCGGCGUCGUGGGCGCCGUGGAGGCGUACGUGCGGGAGGUGAUGGCCGUGUACGCGGAUGGAGCCGGCGCGCAGGCGCAGCCACCCGCCGCCGACCACGUCCACCAUCUGCUUCACCUCAGCCACAUGUACCUGAGACCAAGGACCCGGCGCCAGAGCUCGCGUUGGAGCGGCGGCGGCGGCGCGACCGUGGGCCGGCUGCGCCGCGCGACGCAGCUCCGCGAGCUCAUGGUGCGGCUCAAGAAGCUGGAGAUCGGAGGCAAGGCGGCUCCGGCGGGCAGCAUCCUGGACGUGGCGUUCCACGGCGGCGUGCUGGAGAUCCCGCGGCUGGAGAUCGACGGCGGCACGUGGAGGCAGAUGGCGAACCUCAUCCUGCUGGAGCAAGGGAGCCCGCACGUGGGGCUCUACGUCACGGCGUACUGCGCCUUCAUGUCGCAGCUCGCCGGCACCGCCGAGGACGUGGCGCUGCUCUGCGAGUCCGGGGUCAUCGAGCACCAGCUCGGCGGCGACGGCGACGUCGCCGACGGGCUCAGGAGGCUCUGCGACGGCAUCAUCUUCGACGCCGACGACGACGCAUACAACUACCUCAGGCCGGUGUACCGGGCGGUCGAGGAGCACUGCCGCAGCCGCACGCUGAGGCUGCUCUGCUGGGUGCGAGGACACGCCAACUGCCCCAACCCAUGGCUGCUUCUCGGCAUCGUUGCCAUCAUCACUCUGCUUUGCUUCAUCGUGCAGCAGCUGCAGCACGCCACUCUGAGGAAGAACGCAACUUAGGAUGAGAAAUAAUUAACGGAUCCGCCACGUUUGUUCACCGCGCGCUAGCUACGAGCACGGUAAGCAGUUCGCUAAUCUCCUACCAUUCGUACUCCUAAUCUCCUAUCAGUGUUUAUGGCAUCCUCAAGAUUCCUAUCAAGAUUCUUAUCAAGAGCUUUCGGUGUUUUGUUAGUGUAACAUGCAGUACGUGUGAUAUGUGCCAUGUUAUAUUUGUGUUUAUGUAAAACAGAAUAAUUGUCUCAGGUUUCAUUUUUCUGGCCCCUAAUUUUGGCAAACUUGUCCAAACAUGCAUUUUACAUUUUCAGUUUCAUUUUAGAAAAA